AUGAACACUGCGAGUGUCUUGACGUCCGGUGAGAGUGACUGGUGUAGGAUUUGCAGGGAAUGGAGUGCAGCAGCAGUGGAUCGAGGUUCGAUAGUAGUUCGGCCGCGGGAUACAGUCAGCCACAGGAUCAAGGACUGGCCAUCCAAUCAAGUUUCGGCCAUCAAGUCGAUCAUACUGUCAGAGCCAAGCGAAACGUGGACCGGGAGGAGACUUUCUGGACCGGGAUCUGUCGAAAAAGGAAAUAGUGUUAAGGAGCGAGUAGGGGCGGAGCAGGCAAUUGUUCAAAAAAUGUACUCGAUCCAGUUUCAGAAUAGGAAGGACUGCAUUAUUAAAGUUAGGAAUGGAGUAGGGUUGCAGGGUAAUAAGGCCCUUUGCUCGGAGGGGAAUUCAGUUCUCGAUUUACAUGAGACUGAAGUCGGUUACCCCACCGAACCGUCAAAUGCAGGACUCCUACUACAAGCAGACUUGAGAGACCAAUUCAUCAGCGUGCGGCUGUUAAAUUGA